AACCAUGUUCAGGUUACUUUAUGCACAGCUUGUCCUCUUUACCUGCCCGGGUAGCCCUUGUUUUCACUUUUAUUCAUGGUCCGUCCCGGUAGGGUUGAAGUUUCCUCGCAGUCCGGUCCAGCACUGAAAACGAAUGGGGAUUGAAUUGCUUUGCCUCUGUUUCCUAUUUCUGCAAAGAAAUAACUGUGUGCAAGGGACCUGUUCUCAGGAAAGAGCAGUGACUUGUGAAGAUUGUCUGCUUUCCGGACCACACUGCGCUUGGUGUUUUCAAGAGAAUUACACAGACUCAUCUGGAAUUCAUGGGAGGUGUGAUACCCCAGAAAACCUUUUGUCAAAAGGAUGCCAGUUGAAUUUGAUUGAAUUUCCCAUUUCAGAAGUAGAAAUUCACAGAAACAAGCCCCUAACUGUAGCAACCCAGAAGAACAAUUCUGAUGUCACACAGAUUUCUCCUCAAAAAUUAACUCUCAGGCUGCGACCAGGACAUGAAGAAACAAUACAGAUCAAGGUUCGCCAAACUGAAGAUUAUCCGAUUGAUCUCUAUUACCUCAUGGAUCUUUCAGCCUCCAUGGAUGAUGAUCUGAAUACAAUCAAAGAACUGGGUUCAACUCUUUCCAAAGAAAUGUCAAAACUGACAAGCAACUUCAGACUGGGGUUUGGAUCUUUUGUUGAAAAACCAGUUUCACCAUUUAUCAAAACUACAGCUGAAGAAAUAAAGAACCCUUGCAGAAGUGUGCCAUAUGAGUGCUUACCCACCUUUGGAUAUAAACAUGUUUUGUCACUAACAAGCGAUGCUGAAAAAUUCAAUGAAAUUGUGAAAGGACAGCGAAUCUCUGCUAAUAUAGACACUCCAGAGGGAGGAUUCGAUGCAAUUAUGCAGGCAGCUGUUUGCAAGGAAAAAAUUGGAUGGAGGAAUGAUUCUCUACAUUUGCUGGUGUUCGUGAGCGAUGCUGAUUCCCAUUUUGGGAUGGACAGUAAACUGGCAGGGAUUGUUAUUCCUAAUGACGGGAACUGUCACUUGGACCACAAUAAUGAAUAUUCCAUGUCAACGGUUCUGGAGUAUCCCACAAUUGGACAAUUAAUUGACAAACUUGUGCAAAACAAUGUUUUAUUAAUUUUUGCUGUAACGAAUGAGCAAGUUCACAUAUAUGAGAACUAUGCAAAGCUUAUUCCUGGAGCUACUGUUGGACGACUACAGAAGGAUUCUGGAAAUAUUCUCCAGUUGAUCAUUGCUGCCUAUCAGGAGCUGAGGUCCGAGGUGGAGCUGGAGGUCCUGGGAGAGACAGAAGGGCUCAAUCUCUCUUUCACGGCCAUCUGUAACAACGGGACCCUUUUUCCACAUCAGAGGAAAUGCUCUCAUGUGAAAGUGGGAGAGACAGUCUCUUUCAACGUGACUGUAAGUCUCUCGUCUUGUGAAAAAUCCAGAAGGCAUAUUGUGAUAAAACCAGUGGGGCUCAGCGACACGCUGGAAAUGGAAAUUCAUCCCCAGUGCAGCUGUAACUGUCAGGCAAAGGCCGAGAUGAACAGCCCAAAAUGCAACAAAGGGAAAGGAUCGUUCGAGUGCGGGGUGUGCGUCUGCAGCCCGGGGUACGUGGGGCCGCACUGCGAAUGCGACGAGAGCUCCCUCGGUGCCAGCUCCUGCAAGGGCUCCGCAGAGCAGAGCUCCUGCAGCGGGAGAGGCGACUGCUACUGCGGGCACUGCGUCUGCCACCCGUCCCCGUACGGAAAGGUGUACGGACCACACUGCGAAUGCGAUGACUUCUCGUGUGUGAGACACAGAGGGCUCCAGUGUGGCGGCAAUGGUGACUGUGAUUGUGGGGAGUGCAUGUGCCACAGUGGAUGGACUGGUGAAUACUGUAAUUGCACAACCGACACCAGCGCCUGCAUUGCUGAGGACGGGACGCUGUGCAGUGGGAGAGGCGAAUGCGUCUGUGGGUCGUGCGCUUGCACCCAACCGGGGGCUUCAGGCCAAACCUGUGAAAAAUGCCCGCUCUGCGGUGACCCUUGCAGUUCCAGGCGGAGCUGUGUGGAAUGUCACUUGGCUUCCGAUGACAAGUCACCAGGAGAAUGCAGUGAAAAAUGCAAAUUGGUUGAUGCAACUGUCAGCAGUGCAGAGGAUUAUUCAGAGGAUAAAUCCAUUCCUUGCUCUUUUCAGGGGGAAAACGAAUGUAUAACUACAUUUCUACUGGCUAUGGAUGAACGGGGAAGGACAGUCAUUCAUAGCAUAGAACAGAAAGAUUGCCCACAGCUUCCAAAUAUCCCAAUGAUAAUGGUGGGUGUCACCCUUGCUAUCCUUCUCAUGGGCAUUGUUUUACUUUGUAUAUGGAAAGUGCUGGUGUCAGUUCAAGACAGAAAAGAGGUGGCCAAGUUUGAAGCAGAAAAAUCAAAAGUUAAAUGGCAAACGGAAACAAAUCCACUGUACAGAGGCUCAACAACCACUUUUAAAAAUGUAACUUACAAGAACCAAGAAAAGCAAAAAGGGGCCACAGCUGCAGAUUUCUAUUAGCACCCCCCGACACUACAAACUUAGUUUUACUGGCAGGAAAUCUAAAAGCACUUGUUUCUUCUCAGCUGAUUAUGUGAUGUUUGUUUGCACGUUGCAAUGGUAUAAUCAUUCUGUUAGGGAAAAUAUAUCUUUUGUUGGGAAAACUAUAGAUAACAUAUUAGUGGUAAAGGUUAAUAGACAUAUUAAAAAAACACUUUAAUAUUAAAGGACCCCCCCAUCUUAAAAGGGAAAAAAAAAGCACAAAUAUUUUUAAUUUUCUCAUUAAUACUGAGGAAUUAAAAUUAUCACAUGUAAGCCUAUUUUUGUGAAAUUAGCUAUAUACAAUGAGCUGUAUACUACUUUGUUCAUACACACAAUCCCAUAUAUUGGUGUUUAGGAAUGUAUUUGCACCAGUCUAUUUGGUGGGCUGGUUUAAAUUUAAAAGGUAAUUUUUUUCAUGAAUGCUGCUUAAACUACUGAGGUUAGAGGUUCCUCAUAUCACCUGUGUGACUGAAUAGUUUUUCAUCAGAAACAAGUAGUGGUUUUGCCUGUUUCGGUGUAUCUAAAGUAUACAGGAACAUCUCCUCUAAUUCUUCUUUCUUGUCCUGUUUCUUUCUUUCCUUGUCCUUGUUGCUGUUUGAUGUUCUUUAAGAACCCAGCCCCUGGGGUGAUCUCAGGGAAAGCUAAAUCAAGGCCUUAUUCACUUGCAGAGUUGUUUUCUGUUCCAGACAUAGACUGCUUUUUUUUUUUCCCCCCAAUAUUUGUAAAUUAGAGACCCCAGUAGAGAAACUUUAAACCAGAUGAUUAAUGGAACUCCAUUUCACCAUUUACAUCCUCAAAAUAAACCUCGCAUGCUGGAUCAUUACGUGAACUGUUGCAGGAGCCCUUUACAUGCGGGGAAAGUUCACACACAAAGACUCAGUAUCGUACACAAAGACAGUAUUCUUUUGUUGGUAUAUCCAAAAUUGUGAGGUUCUUUCAAUGCUCGGCAGCCAAACCACUUAUUCAUGUGUGAAAUAAUGUAUUCAGCUCUUCUGGCCCGUUGUUGUUGUUUUUUUCAAACUAAGCAACAAAUAGAUCUAUGGAUUCCACUUUAUAUGCAUUUCCAUGUUGUUAACGAGGAUUUUUAAAUCUCAGUUUUAGCUAGUUACUAAUGACUUGCCAUAAAUUCUGAAAUUGUAAUGCUGUUACCAUGCAUAGCACUAGGGAAAAAAACCCGCCCCAACAAAAUCAGCUAACAUGCUGGCAUAAAAAUUACAACAUUGGGCUAUUUUAAGCUAACAGUAAUGUACUUUACUUUUUAAUACCACUUUUCCUCUGCAUUUUUAGUACUCUGGAACAGAUGGUCAAAAUGUACAUAUGAAUAUACUUACAAAAGAAGACUUAGAAAUCACAGGUACAUCGACACAGUCACAGACCAACAAUGACGUACAUUCCCUAUGGUAAAUCAUAUAUUUGAUCUAAAAAGCUGUAAUAAAUAUUUACAAAGUCUGUGCAACUUCAGUCUCUAUAUCCUCUCCAGUUCCUGGAUGCGAGACUGAUUCAUUAGCUAGCUCUGCCCCAUGCCUGUUUUAGGGCCUGAUCCAAAGCCACCUGGAGUCAAUGGCUACAGAUGAGGAUCUAGUUUCAGUGAAACUAUUAGUUUUGGUUUACAAAGAUUGUUUUGUUUAAACAAACUGGUUAAUGCUGUCUAUUAGUGGAUUAGAACCUAUAGUAUAUCUUUCUGUGCAAAGAGAAACAGUAUCAGAUGCCUUUGGAAAGAAGGUGAUGCUGUAACCACGUAUUAAAUACAAAAUUAUUGCAGUGUGAAGGAAAUGAUGGCUGUCGUUAAACUGGAACAGAUUAAUUACAGGUUCACAUCUUCACUCUUCAGUAUUCCUGCAUUCCUGCAUAUCUCACAGUGGAAACUGCACAGACACAGCCUUGCAUCUGUGGCCCUUCCAACUACUGGAUUCCCACAGAUGUCAGUGCAGGUUACACGUGGGACCAAAUCCUGCUUCCCUGGCGCACGGAUAAACUCACGGGAGGCAAAGCUUGCCCCUGGAUUCUGUCUCGGAUUCCACUCGGGUCAGGAUUGCCUCAGGAACUAGGGACAUCUGGAUUUAGCCCAUGUAAAUUGUCUGUUACUCUUUUUCUUUUCAUGUAGAAGUCAUCAAAUGACAAACUUUUGCUGAAAGAAAUGAAAAUAUUUUUAUUACUUUUAGAGUAAUAAAAGUCUGUACUGUUUAUUAAAUACCUUUUAAGUUCUGUUUCUGAGAAGGCUGAUUCUGCUGCUCAAUAUUAGGGCUGAAAGCCCUUCUUCUGUAGGUCAUCCAUUUCAAUAUUGAAAUACACUUCAGUAUUCAAAUGUUAUUAACAAAGUGGCGUUCACAUUUCAUAUCAAACACGUGGUGGUCUACAUUCCCUGUUCCUACAGGAGAUUUCAUUUCACAAAGCUACUCGCUCUCUUCCCAUCACUUGCAUCUUCUGAUCAUCAGCAAAGAUCCAAUUCGGUACGUAGAGAAUGUUUACAGUCCAAUUACUCCUCCUAGCAAUCUCUCUCCAAACUAUCAAAGAUGUACAAAAAAUCAGGCAGUACGUUUUGCAGUUUCCCUGCUGUGACUGACUGUGCUAGAAAUGUUGUGUGCACCUUCAAAAUUGUCAGGGUGGAAAUCACUCAAAGAAUUGUGAAUUCAUCAGUAGAGAGAAAAUAGAAGGGCUUAGCGAGGAAGGUCUCUAUUAUUGAGGGAUAUCAAAGAACUAGGCUCAUUCAUACGAGCCAUCCUUUUAACAGCAUUAAUUUAGAUCAUAAAUUUUGACUAACUCUCCAGAUUUCAAGAACUUUCAAGAUCUUACUUGGCAUUCACCCUAGAAACAAGAGUGGUGUUCAUCUUUUUUUAUUAACUAUCUUAUUUCUGUCUUGUAGCAUUUGUAUCAAAGUUCAUCUUUUUUUUUUCUCUCCAGCAAAUUAUAAGUGGGUUUGUGUGUGGUGAGUGGGAUGAAAAAGUCUUUCUGCUGUUUUCAUGAAUAUUGUUUUGACCUGAGGCUGGACCUUGAGAGAGGCCAAAACAUUUUUUAAUAGUAAUACUUCUAUUCACUGAAGAGUUAAACUGAAUAAAAGAAUAAUCAUUAGCAAUUUUACGGUAUUUGUGUAUCUUUUACACCCUGUAGAAUCGUAAUUUCAGUAAUGUAUGUUAAAUGGAUAUUUUUUCAUUUGAUUUAUAAAAGUUGCAUAUUACUCUGUAUUGUGUAUGCCCAGAUUGCAUUCAGCUUUGGUUUGUAGUAUCGCUCGUGGGUAAUGAGUCUGGGAUACAACACUUGGCUGUCCAGUGCAAUGCUCUCCAUGUCUUCUCUGCCUUUAUACAGAAGUUCAAGUUUGCCUGCAGUGGGCAUGAGGGAGUUGUUGCCCCAAAACACUCAGGACACACAAUCUAAAAGUCAAAAGAGACAAUUUUUAUCUUAGUCUAUUUGAAAGAAAGAGGUAAAUGCCUCACCAUGUUUAUGUAAAAAAGGAGUUAUUUAACCUUGAAUAAAGAUUGUAAAACGGAA